CAGAACAAAAUCCACACAAAUUAUGCCGACACGCUUGAUACCUUCCCUUGUCCAGCUACUCCACGUCAACCUCACCCCACCCCACUUCGUCACAUCGCAUAGCUAGCAUCCCGACCACUUCCGCGACUUCGCCGGCGCCGACCACCGUCCACGACCGUCCCCAGCCAGCCAUGUCCAAGUACGGAACCAUCCCGACCACCUCCUCCACUCCGCCACCGGGGGCCUCCUCCUCCUCCUCCUCCCCGCUCGACUUCAUCUCCCGCGCCAAGGCCCGCGGCGCGUCCGCGCUGGCCACGCGCCGCCCCUGGCGGGAGCUCGCGGACCCGCGCGCGCUCUCCGUCCCGCGCGGGUUCUCGGCCGCGUACCGCCGCGCGCGCGCCAACCUCGCGCACUUCGCCGCCAACUACGCGCUCGUCGUCCUGCUCGUCGUCUUCGUCUCCCUCCUCUGGCGGCCGGUCUCCAUGCUCGUCUUCCUCGCCUGCUUCGCCGCCUGGCUCGUCCUCUACUUCCUCCGCGACCGCGACGCGGACGGGGCGCUCGUGGUCUGCGGGCGCGGCGUCGGGGACGGCGUCGUCAUCGCGGUCCUCUCCGCGGUCACGCUUGUCCUGCUCCUGCUCACGGGCGCCACGGGCUUCAUCCUCACCUCGCUGCUCGUCGGCCUCCUGCUCGUCCUGCUCCACGCUCUGCUGCACCGCCCCGCCGACAGCAUCGACGACGAGGCCGGGAGAUGGUACACGCCAGUGCCGCCGUCCAGCUACUAGCUAGUGUCAGUGUGAGCUCCUCCUCCUCUUGCUUCUUUGGUUACUGGAUUGCAGAUCGAUGUUCUUCAGUUCUUGAUCCGUUCCUUGUCCAUAGAUAAAUAAGAUAAAAUGUGGUUAAAUUUGUGUUCUUUGUUCAUUUGAAUGCCUAUAAUUCAUUGUAUGCAAACAAUUAUUCUCUCUCGGAAGAUUUUGUUACUGAAAUUAUGCUUUUGGAGCGAUCAAAUCUCAA